UAAUUCUCAGAGAACAAAUAUGAGAAAAAUUGUUUGUGGUUCCCAUUUAGGUCAGAGCUGUUGCUCACUGCCUUCCUUUUACCCUCGCCUGUUCCCCUUCCUUUCUUUCUCUUAACUUUCCCUCUACCACUCCUACUCUCUCUCGCUCUCUCACAUCUGGAGGAUAUCUAGUGUGGCUGUGUGACUCCUCGCCUGCUAUGGGACAGCCUGUGUUUGGACUGGACGUCAGACUUCACUGCGUUUCAGCAAACGGUGGUCAGACGGGGAGAGCUGAGCAGUAACCAUGGCCUUUCCCAAGCAUUCCAUCCUACAGGCCCUGAGUGUGCUGCUCUUGGCCUGGAUGUUGGUGCAUUGCCAGGCCCCUUUUAAACCAGAGGAAGAGGAGGAGCAAGAGCCAAUUAAGGAGACCGACAUUGCAACAGUGGUGACGAAAUCUGAGCCGCUUGAAUGCCCGCCAGAGUGCAGCUGUACAGCAGAAGGGGCAGUAGACUGUGCUGGAGUUGACCUCACAGAGUUCCCCGCCGAGCUGUCUGACAAAACUCGCCAGCUCUCUCUUCAGAACAACAAAAUCGAGAAGAUAACAGUGGAGCACAUUUCCCAUCUGCAUCAGCUUGAGACUCUCAACCUUCAGAACAACUUGCUUACCACAGAUGGCCUUGAAGAUGAAGGUUUUGAGAUGCUUGAACAGCUGAAUUAUUUAUACUUGGCAAAUAACAAGCUCACCUCAGCACCAAAGGUCCUACCACCCUCUUUGGUUAGUGCUGAUUUUGCUGCCAAUAAGCUCACAAGGAUUUACCUAUAUACAUUUGGCCAUAAACCAAAACUGAGGUCUGUGUAUCUCCAUAACAACAAGCUGAGUGACGCAGGGCUUCCUGAUCAUGCGUUCAAUGGUUCUGACAACCUGGAGAUCCUAACCAUGUCCAGCAACUGCUUGGGAGUUGUCCCGAGGAACCUGCCCUCCAGUCUUUACCGUCUUCAUCUCAAGAGUAACAAGCUGGAGAAAAUCCCAGCGGGGGCCUUUGACAACUUACCAAACCUCAGAGAGCUGUAUCUCCAGAACAACCUAAUCAGCAAUGAGGGCAUGGACAAUGAGACUUUCAGCCAACUGAGCAGCCUGGAGUGUCUAGACUUGUCAAAUAACAACCUGAGCGUCGUACCCAAGGGUCUGCCUCGCAAUCUAGUGCUGCUACACCUGGAGAAGAACUCCAUCCGUAGCAUCCCUGGAGACGCUCUAACUUCUGUCCGAAACCUUGAGUACCUGCUUCUUCACAAUAACAAGCUGCGCUCACGUUCCAUCCACCCGACUGCCUUCCAGGGCUUGAAAAAAUUGCACACUCUUCACAUGUACAACAACUUGCUGGAGCGGAUUCCCAGGGGCUUGCCUAAGCGGGCUAAGACGCUAAUGAUGCUACACAACUUUAUUACCGAAAUUGGCCGUAACGACCUGGCCCUGCUGUACACCCUGACCGAGCUCAACCUCAGCUACAACAAGUUGACAAGCCCCAAGUUGCACCGUGAGGCGUUCAGGAAGCUGCGUGUUCUGGAAACCCUGGAUCUUUCAGGGAACAGCCUUCAUUUGAUGCCCCUUGGUCUUCCACGCAGCCUGCAGGUGCUCGAAAUCAAGAACAACCACUUGAACUCCAUACCAGAAGGUUCAAUGAUGGGCAUGGUGAAUCUACGAAAGCUCAUCUUGAGCGACAACCAGCUGAAAUUGAAUUCAGCCUACCAGGGAGCCUGGAUGGAGCUCAGUGCGCUCACAACGCUGGACCUGUCUGGCAACCAGCUGUCACACAUCCCCUCUGACCUGCCUGAGUCUCUGGAGUACCUUUACCUGCAAAGUAACCACAUCUCCAGUGUUCCUGCUUCAGCAUUUGAAGGCACUCCAAAUAUCAAAGGCAUCUUCCUCCGGUUUAAUCGCCUGUCUGUGGACUCUGUGGACGAGAGCUCUUUAGCACACCUGUCCAACUUGCAGGUGCUGGACAUCGGCACAGGAAACACUGACCUCCCCUUUAAAAGAGAAGAGAUGGAGGAGGAACAGGAAACAUAAGUCAUGCUUAAUGACAUUGGACUGUAUUGUGUCAAGGAAAGAAUUAGCUUUUAAAAGGGAAUGGACCUGUGAAUGUCAUUUUCCAGGCCCAUUAUUGUAUUGUGCUGAGUGGCAGAGUUACAUAUUUCUGGUGCAGGAUACCAGAUGAAGUUACUUUAGUUCCAUUUUUGGGCUGGUUAGUAUAGCAUAUCUUUAUAUCUGAGCUUAAAAUAUUUUUUUUAACUGUUUACACGCUUAAUAUGUCUUCUAAUUGUGUUUUUGUGCUUUAUUUUAAAAAAUACAUUCACAGAAAUCAAAUUGAAUUUUUCCAUGGAAAUGUUGCAGAACCACAAAUUUAAGCACUUUCUUUUGUCAAUUUUGUCAGAUCAACAAUCCAAAAAUCUCAUUCCAUUUGUAAUGAUAUAGAAAAGAAAAAAUUACAAAAAAACAAAACCUCACAUCUGAAAAGCUUUAAAGUUCAACAAUCCUUAAAUGGGCUAAAUGUGACAUUCAGAAUAGUAUUAUAGCAGCAAACAACUAUUUGCUAUGUAAAAACAUAGUGGAUUAAUGACGUCCUAAGCGAAUUAAGUCAUCCUCCCUCUUUGUGUUGUAA